AUGGCGCCUAGCAGCUCUUCCAAACAGCGAGACUACGACUACCUCUUCAAGCUCGUCUUAAUUGGAGAUAGCGGAGUCGGAAAGUCUUGCCUUUUGCUUCGAUUUGCGGACGAUGCUUUCACUGAGUCGUACAUCAGUACAAUUGGAGUAGACUUUCGUUUCCGAACAGUCAAAAUAGACAAGAAAACAGUAAAGUUGCAGAUUUGGGACACUGCCGGUCAGGAACGCUUCCGAACAAUCACUUCAGCAUACUACCGUGGCGCUGACGGAAUUAUUAUGGUUUUUGACGUGACAAGCACAGAUUCGUUUGAUCACGUGAAUGACUGGUUAAAGGAAGUCAAUCGCUACGCAGCGGAAGGUACCGUAAAAUUAUUGGUCGGCAAUAAAUCGGAUCGAACGGCGGACCGUGUAGUGACAGAGGAGCAAGCGAGAGAAUUUGCGGAUGAACUGGGUAUUCCCUUCAUAGAGACGUCAGCUAAAUCGGCGAAGAAUGUAGAGGAAGCAUUUCUGACCAUGGCGGGUGAGUUAAUUCGGCAACGGGCGGCCCGUAGUGCGGCUGCUGGAGGCGGGGAAGAAAAGAAGGGUAUUGACUUGCAAGCUGUGAAGGACAAGUCAAAUUGUUGUUAG